AUGAGGGCUUUAACGUUAGUUCUGAGUUGUGUUAUCCUGGCUGUUUGUUUGGUGCAGCACGCAGGAGGCGCCAGCACGGCAGUAUCUACUACUACAACGACAACAACAACAACAACCACGGAAUCCUCCUCCGACACCACAACUACUACUGAAUCAUCUAGUGACACUACCAGUACCACUUCAAGCUCCAGCUCUAGCUCUAGCUCCAGCUCUUCUAGCUCCUCUUCUGCAGCACUUAAACGGUUGAGAAGGAGGCUGAAGCGUCUCAGACGUUUGGAACGUCUGAGGGCUGCCAGAGAGAGAAGGAGAAUCCGCAGGCUUUUGGCUGCCGAAAGGAGAAGGCUUGCUAGGAGAUCAACUGGUACCAGGAGAGAAGUUUGUCUGGUACAUUACGUCGAAGGCGCCAGCACAACUACGACGACGACAACAACAACAACGACUGAAGCCACAACCUCCACAACCACGGACUCAUCAGAUACAACCAGCACCACUUCGAGCUCGGCUGCCGCUCAGGCCCAGCUGAGACAACAGCUAGUUAAACUGAAGCUAUUGCUUAGUUUGAGGGCCGCUAAAAAGAAAGCAACUGCCAAGCGUAAGGCGGCUGCCAAGCGUAAAGCUGCUGCCAAGAAAAAGGCCGCCAGGAGAAGGGCAGCCAGGAGAAGGGCCGCCAGGAGAAGAGCAUCUGCUUCCAGAAGAUCGUCUUCUUCUACAAGAUCAGAACAAAUCCUGGCCAUUUGCCUGGUUAAGCAUGCCGAAGGUACCUCUACGACUUCAACUACGUCAACCACAACCACAACAACGACUGAAGACACAACUUCCACAACCACGGACUCAUCUGAUACCACCAGCACCACUUCCAGCUCUGAAGCAGAUUUGGCUCGGCUGAAAAUAAAGCUAGCUCGACUGAAGCGAUUGGCUCGUCUGAGGACUGCUAGAAGGAAAAGAAUUGCUGCCAAGCGUAAGGCUGCUGCCAAGAAAAGAGCAGCCAGAAGAGAAGCUGCUUCCAAAUACUUCCGGCAGAUCAGGUGCUUCCAGAAGAUCAUCAUCUUCUCGGAGAUCGUCUGA